CGGCCGGUGAGACCGCUCCGCCCGCGGCCUUCUCCCCGCGUCCUUCCCUGAGGACCGGGCCGGGCCUUGCUGCCUCCCAGCGGCGCCGUUCCCGCCUCGGCCGUGAGGGGGACGCCCCGCGGGGCGGCUGUGCCCGCGCUGUUCGGCCCUCCUCAGUUGUUUUGUCCGUCUGUUAACAUGUCUACUUGUUAUUGAGCCCACCUGAAAUACCCCAAGCUAAUUGAUAUUUGCCGAACACGCGGGGAAAGGUGGCAUAACUCCUAUGGACACUGCCGGGAUGGGGUUAUAACCCCACAGGGAACUCAGGACCUCGGUCUUUGCCCACUGUGUGGCUUUGUGCCUCAUCCCCUUCAACUGCUGCCAAGAAGCAUCGCAUUUUUGUGUGUUACAGAGAUACUGGAAAACCUAGCAUUGUCCCUUUCCCUCAGGCUGAAUGAUUUCUUGGGUGAAUUCUGGUCAAGUACAAUUGUAAUGCUUACCCGCUUACUUACUUCUUUCUACAGGGCAAUUUUUUCCUAGGAAACAAGCAUUUGAUAACAAAUUGCACUGAAGUUAUGGAAAAUAUCACUCUCUCUCAAAACCAGUGUGUUUUGUACAGGGUUUGUGUUAACAGCUAUUCAUUAAACUUCAUUCCCAGCUGUGCUUGUGGUGCCUGAGCCAUGGGGCUGCAGCUUGACACCCAUCUGCACACAGGCAUAGGUCAUUGCCCCUUCCAGAGGAAGAAGGAGAGCAAGAUUCUUCUGGAUUAAAAAAUAAUAAAUAUUACCUUGAACCCAUAGCACUGGAAUGUGGUGUUAAGUGCAUUAGUGCUUUGGCACGCAGUGUAGUUAGCUAGAUCUGUCUCUGAUGUAAGUCUGCAUCAUUGUGCUGAAGUCUGUAACCCCUCACCUGGCAUUGUGAGAAGUUGCUUCCUUGUGGGAAAAUUAGGUCCUAGUGAUAUUCUCUGUUUAAAAAACACAACACCAAAACUCUGCAUGUAUUUAAGUUUUAUUUAAAAACAUGAAUUGGAUGAGCCCCAGAGGUCCCUUCCAACCUGACCUAUUCUGAGUUGCUGCUGGUGUUGGUUCAUGAAGCAUUUUGCUGCCUUUGUGCAGGGCAGUGGUACAGCCUGGCUUGGGAGGGGAAGUGGGAGUGAAGUGAUGAUGCACCAGGGGUACGUUACAGCACUCAGCCUGGCUUACUGAAACAGUUGAAGCCCCUCUUUUCCUCUCUAUGGUAAUGCUGAAUCUGGCCAAGCACUACUGUCAUGCUAAAGAUUACAUGGGAAUAGGUACUGGUAAAUAGUGUCAGCUGCUUUUCAUCAUGUUUAGUGCUUUUAUGUAUGCCUUUGAGCAACAACUCAUUGAUAUUCUUUAACACAUUUUUAAUAAUUCAAACUAUUGCCUCAAUUUCUUCUCCAUGGGCAAGAAAACUGAGGCACUAAUACCUUAAGACCAACAUUUACGUGCGUGCUUAACUUGCAGAACAGCAGUCUGCUUCUUCAAGACUUCUUAGAGCCUGAAAUUUAAUCAAAGAUUGUUGGUGCAUUUUGCUUCCAGAAUGGUGACUACUCCAGAAGAUGUCAGGAAGAAGCAAACUUACACCAAUGUACACGAGGCAGUGAAAGCCGGUGACGUAGAACGGCUUGCAUUAAUGGUAAAACGCGGCGCCUCUAUCGAUGAGGUGGAUUUUGUCCACAAGUUCACACCGUUGCACUGUGCUGCACACUCUGGAAGCUUGGAGUGCCUUCACUGGUUGCUCUGGCAUGGUGCUGACGUGACACGUGUGACAGUCAGAGGCUGGACAGCAGCUCACCUUGCAGCGAUCCGCGGGCAGGACGCUUGCAUGCAGGCUUUGUUAAUAAAUGGAGCAAACCUAGAAGCUCGAGAUGACCGUGGCUGCACUCCGUCACACUUGGCUGCAGCCCAUGGGCAGUCGUACACAUUGCAAACCAUGUUGCGAAGUGGAGCGAAUGCAAACGUUGCAGACAGGAAUGACUGGAAGCCUGUCCAUUAUGCAGCUUUUCAUGGUCGCUUGGGCUGUUUGCAGCUUCUUGUUAGAUGGGGAGCAUGUGUAGAUGAUGUGGAUACCGAUGGAAACCUUCCAGCUCAUUUGGCAGCAGUGGAAGGACACCUGCAUUGCUUUAAGUUCCUGGUCAGUAAAAUGGCCAGUGUCGUGCGUGCGCUGAAAGCCAGGAAUGACCAUGGAGAGACUCCAAGGGACUUGGCUGAGCGGUUCUAUAAAGACAAUAUUCUGCAAUAUAUUGACAGUGUGGAAAAAGAGGGGGAGCAUCCAGAGACACAGGAAGGUGAGUAGGGAUGAAAUGUUAAA